AUGGCCACAAACUCCCAUAUGGUCGCGGAUAUCAACAUCCUGUCUGAAUUUCUCAGCGACAAUCAACUACCCGAUCUCUCCACCACAUCCCCAGUCGACUGCAUUGUCAUAUGCGCCUCAGCCGUUCUUCACAGUGCCGAGGUCCUCUUCAAGACUCUUCAGCAAAGACCAUCUCUUACCAGAGCUCUCGUACUGUGCGGUGGCAUCGGGCACUCGACCGAGCUUCUUUAUGAUGCGGUGAGAUCUCAUCCAGUCUUUUCACGGAUCGCUGAUGAGAUCCAAGGUCUCCCUGAAGCCAAAGUUCUCAACCGAAUUCUAGAUGAGUUCUUCGAUCGAUCUCUCAUCACCAAAGAAGGUUGUGAGAUUCUCCUUGAACCCCGAUCUACGAAUUGCGGACAGAAUGCUUCAUUCUCUCGCAAGGUCCUCGAUGAAGCGGGCUUUCAGGCACCAACCACUUGCAUUGUCAUUCAAGACCCCACGAUGAUGCUCAGGACCAAGGCAUCGUUUGAGAAGGUUUAUGAGGGUAUCCAAUCUCCAGUCUCGGUUAUUAGUUGCCCGGUAUUUGUGCCGCAGGUGCAAUUGUCCCGUGACGGAGUCAUUGAGUAUUCAGACAUAUCGCCGCCUUCAGAAUUGUGGUCACAAAGUCGGUUUCUGGAGCUGAUCAUGGGCGAGAUACCGAGGUUGAGGGAUGAUAAAGAUGGUUAUGGUCCUAAGGGGCGUGGUUUCAUUGCUCAUGUGGAUGUUCCAAGCCAUGUUGAGGCAGCUUGGUCUCGACUACAAGUUGUGGCUAAGAGCUCUAGAUAG